UUCCAUGCGACAACUCGCGUCGCUCCUAACGCAAGAACUCUUGCCAGCUUGGAUGGGUUGGUCAUGUCUACUACACCUGCAUCCCAUCUCUACAAAGAGAUUCGACUAGACCUCGAACAAUUUCAGCGCCAUAGUACGAUUGCGAUAACCCUACCUUCAUCGAACGCGGCCUCAUUUCUCUCGCGAUCUCAACACAAGCGCACUAUCUUGAACGAGAACUUUGUGGAACAGGAUGAGAAUGCUUUUGCUCGAAGGCAUCUGGCAAGCGAAGGCUCUGUCUUCUUUCGAUCCUUGAACAAAUAUCCUCGGAGUUUUCUAUGGCGCUUGCUGGACGAUCGCAAAGUAUUGGAAAUUCGGUCAGUUGACCCUACUAGAGACAUAAGCAGAGCCAAGAGUAGAGAAAAAGAAGGAACGCAUCCUGAAGCAUUCUUGACGUUCCUUUUGGCCUUUCCUACUGCGAUCAAGCCAUUCGGAAUCGCAUUGGCGGAUUUGGAAGAUCGCGAUGCAAUCGCAGUUUUUGCAAUCACAACUUCGAAUGAGAUAUACACAAUCACGCUUGCAAAGACGUUCUUCUCAAAACCAGAGGCUUCGGAGCAAGACCCUUCCGAGUGGUGCAAAAUCCAUACCCCGACUAGCUUUAGCUUUCGGUAUCCGUAUCGCUUAGUUGCAGUCAGCGCCCUGGAGCUCUGGGUAUCACUACACGAUGGAGGACUACUACGGCUGACGCGAAAGCCUGGAGACGACGGCACCGUGUGGGUUGAAACACCAUUUGGCGAAAAGGGCUGGGGAUCUUCCUUUCGAGGAUUAAUACCGUGGAAGAGCGAGAGCACCAUCAAAUUUGGCACCCAUGAUCUGAUCGGCAACUCUGCCGCUGAUCUUGCGGUGUCGCCAGACAAGGACCACCUGUGGACUGUCUGCCUGAAUCACACGCUGAAAGCGUGGAACCUGAACACGGGUAAGGUUGGCGUCCAGGCAGAUCUGCUCGACGAAGAUCUCAAAGAACUGCAAAAGACGGGACAGUACAUGUUUGGAGCAACUCAACCGCAGCUUCUCCAGGUCAUCUCUGUCCCCGCACCACAAGGCAGUGACCUGUACUAUGUGGUAACAUACUCUCCUAAGCAACAUCGAUUCAAAUUCUGGGGCGUGAUGAAUGCAGACAACCCAGAACUGGGCCUCCGGGACAUUCAACCAGAGUUCAGCUUCAUACCGCCUGUUGAUGAACUCAUGAAUACGACUGUCUGGAAUCUGGAGGAGUUCCACGUUGAAGCGUCUACUGGAUGGCUAAACGCUCGGAUCUGGAUCCGAGCUAGAUCCGGCCCAAGCAGCAAGGCAUACACAACUACAUUCAAUCUAUUCGCUCCAUCUAGAGAGCUACAGGAAAGUUGGCAUGAUGAGUGGGCGACUGUCGAUCCUGGCCCAUUGACAGCAUCGAAUCUCAGGCUGAACCCUACCAUUCCGUCGAAUGCGGCAUCAAAACACUUGAACUCGACGUUUGGCUGCUCAGAUCGGUGGACAGACUUCCUGUUGUUUCCUGGACGCUACUCAUUGCCAACCCUGGAGACAGCGCUUUGCAUCUAUCGAUCUGGUAUCGCUCAUUCCGACUCAGGCAAUGGAAGCUCUAAUGUCAAGCACCCCCUGAAAGAACGCAUGUGUCGAGCUGUAGCUUCAGCAGUCACUUUCAAGAAAGACGUUGAAGGUACAUCCGAUUAUGCAACGUUCGAGCACGACCUGGACUUGCAAUGGCACACUUUCUUCGAUCUUGUGCAGGACCUACAUAAACGCAGGGGAGAGUGUCUUAGACUCUCGUACGAUACAGCGACUUCAUCGCCCUGGCUAGUACUCUCUGACUACGUCGCACCAAUUCGGUUGAAUAGCAAGGUUGAAAUCCUCAUUGAAAACACACGACUAUUACGUCUAGCUAGCGAAUCUCGCAAGCCUCCUCCGGACUCUCUCAAUAGCGCCUUGGACGAUGUGGACUCUAUAAGGAUGUCAAUGCUCCUUGCUGCAGCCGCAAGAUUUCGCAGAAGGCUCCCGGCCCAAUUUCAGUCGCGUCUCAGGACUGCAGUGGACAGAGAGGUUCACGAACAGCCGUUUCUCUCUAUCACUGAGAGGCUACAGGCUUUUGAGGCGUUGUGUGAGCUCGACCCAGAGAUCAACGACGAUGAUGCGUUGCAGCUUGAGCAAAGCCUGUCUUUCUUAGGAGAUCAGAAGCCUGAAUUCUACAGCCAAGUUCUUACUCUAUUCUCAGAAAGCCAAACAGGAGAGCUUCGGGGCAAAGCAGUCAAUCAGACUGGGAUGAAGCUACUUCUCCGUGUUUCUCAGGAGAUGGUAGAAACGCAGAUCGAAAUUCUCCUGGACCUUCUUGUACUCACAAUGUACAUGGCCUACUACUGGGAACCGGAAGAUAUUCCUGGCUUCGAUGCCAACUAUGUAUUUGCCUCGAUCCUGACCAUUUUUCGCGAGCACGUUUUGCUGAGAUGGCUCUAUAAGACUACAAUCGUGGACCCAUCUUCGAACGCGGUCGAGUCCAAUCUGAUGUGGUUGCAGAUGAGUUCAGGUGCUUUCGACAUCCGCAUACCACCCGGUGACCCUCUUCAACACAUAUCGUAUUGGGCACGUGUGUGGACGUUUGACCCCUUUGGUACCUUUGAGUUCACAGACCUCACGGAAGAUGUCAUGGUGCAAUUGCUCCGCGCUAAGCAGUAUGAUCACGCUGCGACUUUUCAGAAGUUCUUGGGAUGUUCCCCCUGGUCGUUCUACUUGCGGGGAAAACUUUUACUUUCGGCUGGAAGCUACACGCUGGCGGCGGUUAACUUCAAGAAAGCUGCCCCUGGUCUUUCUAAUCAACAGCUUAGUAUUGGAACAUUUGAUCGCAUGGGCAUGAUUCCUGUCAGUGAUCGCGGUCUGUUCUGUCACGGUAUGCUCCAGUUCACAGCGCAUCUCAUGAACCUUUUCGAGGCUGCUAAGGCCUAUUCCUUUGUUGUCGACUUUGCGAAGAUUGCACUGCAACAACCGCCCGUUCUACCAACUAAUGAUACUCACGGUGACCGAGCUGGAAUCUUAUCAAGACUCUUUACUGCAUCAAUCAAGACAUCUUGCUUUGAAGAUGCUUACUCUGCCCUUGUGCGGCAGAAAGAUCCUGCACUGCGCAAAGCGAAUUUGACUACACUUGUCACAAGUAUGACAACGCAAAGUCAAUCCGCUGCGCUUCUACGCCUUCCGCUCGCUACAUUAUCCACAGAGGUCGAUACAGUCUUAGAAAGCCUAUGCCAUAAGACGCUCAAUAUUUCAAGCGGACCGCCUUACCAUAAAAUUCUGUACGCAUAUCGUAUCUCUCGCGAUGACUUCCGCGGCGCAGCAUCAAUUCUUUACGAACGACUUCAGCGAUUGCAAUCAUCGUCUACUUCCACCGAUGAAGCUCUGACUCAGGGCUACCUCAUCCUCAUAAACACCCUUGCAUCGGUCAGUCCCGACCAGGCAUGGAUAUUUGCCGAGGGCAAGGUGGAAGACGGCGGCAUUUUUGGUGGUGGCUCAGCCCGGUUAGGCAAGGCGAGGGAGGCGCCAAAGAGGAGAAUUCUGACCCUCGAUGACAUACGGAGAGAGUAUGAGGCUGAACUGGAUCGCCAGAGUGCGCUGGAAAACGGGCGUUUCGCGUUUGGCGAGGAACCCGAGCCCAUGGAAUUGAUGUAAUUGGUGUACUUGUACGUAUAGAUAGCAGCAUCGCGGCAGCAUGGCGUUCAGCGGUGGUACUGAAAAGCAAAGAUCGCGAAAUAGGGGGAGAGCGCUUGUUGUUCUGGGAACAGAGUAAUACAAGAUUCAUUGCCUUCUGGGCUUAUACUGAUAUAGAGUAAGGGAUGGACUACCUCAUUCAACUGCACUGGUGGUGCUCUCAAGCUCACAACGAGACGGGGCCUGUUGUACUAUAGUCGUUGACGUUGACGUCGUGCUUGUAAACACUAUGCCAACAAAUCUUCAGACGACCCGCUGUCUACCCAUGUGCCAAAGUGGUGGCGGUAGUGGUGGUGAAUGACGACCCCGACAACCAUUGGCCUCACGAGGCCCCCUCUUACAGAAGAGGUAAUUCAUAGAUU